UGUUUAUUCAAGAAUGCUUCCGCUCGUCCAUCUCCUCCCGCGUCCCCUUUCCCUCGGUCAUGCCGCCUGCCGGUCCUUCUUCACCCUACCCGACCUCUCGAAGCUCUCACCGUUCUCCCAGCCUGGCGGCUCGGAACCAGAGCCACAAACAUAUCAUGAGCGCAAGAUUCUGCCCUACAAACCGAGCGAACUGUACAAAGUCGUGACAGAUGUAGAUUCGUACCCAAAGUUUCUGCCCUUCUGUGUUUCUGCGCGCGUCCUUGACCGCAGCGUGCCGACUUCGGCUGACAAGCCGCUCACCAUGCGCGCCGAAAUGACUGUCGGAUUCCUCUCCUUCAAAGAGAGUUAUGUGAGCGAUGUGAUCUGUCGUCCAAAUCAGUCCGUGGAGAUUGCGGCAUCGACGUCGACCCCGCUAUUCCGGACGCUGAACACAGUCUGGCGGUUCCAGCCCGCAUCGCCCAAUUCCCCACACCCCAGUGGCAGACUUCCACUCUCUGGACCAUCACCGUCAGCAAUUGCGUUACAAACCUCCCAGGAGACGGCUGACGAUAACGGCCCGACGUUGAUCACCCUCGAUCUGGCGUUCUCCUUUGCAAACCCGAUACAUGCUGCGGUGUCUACGGCGUUCUUCGGCCAGGUCUCGAGGAUGAUGGUCAAGGCCUUUGAAGAGCGAUGCCUUGACAUAUACGGCCCAGGAGAAAAGUAGGAAACGCAACGAAGCCAUACGUCCACGGAAUGUAUACGCAUAUGACUCGCCCGUUCCAUAGCAACGUAACACGAAGACAAUGGAUGGAUACAUGAAUUCGGUAGGAUUUAA